AUGUCGGACGAUCUCGAUUAUCUGUCGCCAGACUUCGAUCUGAAUUCUCUUACUGUGCCGCGUCUUCGCUCCAUUCUCGUGAGUCAUGACGUGCCAUAUCCGGCAUCUGCGAAGAAAGCGCACUUGAUUCGUAUCCUUGAGGAUGAAGUCAUCCCCCAGGCCAGGAAACUGUUACGGGAGCGCGAGAAGGUCAGGAGGACAAGUGCAGGCAUUACAGAUAUGAGUCGGGAGACCUCCAUCACGGGCGACGAGGAUGAGCAGGACAUUAAAUUCCCGCCUCCGACCCCUUCAACUACCGAGACUCGGCGCGGUGCUUCGCGACGAAGUGUUCGGGGAUCGACUGUGGAAACGGAUGGAGGGAACGCACCGGCCACCCCUGCUACCACGAGGCGCAAGGUGACUGCGAGAUCUGUCGGGAAGCACCCUCGGGCUUCGGACACUGAAACUGGAGAUGAUUUAAUGGCGACCCCGGUCCCUGCGGUCGGCGUGUCCCCUCGUAAAUCCACCGCGCGCAAACUCCGACGGAGCUCCGUCAUUCCCUCAACAGAAGUGGAUGACAUGACACCCUCUGUUAAGACCGAGCCCAGACAUGACAGCGUUUUCACCGAUGAGAACCCGUUUCAGAGCGGAAGCCCUUCAGACAUCGCCAGCAGCCGACGGACAAGCCGAGACGGAAAACGCAAGAGUGGAGGUCGAUUGUCUACAGAAAGUCCUGCGUUCAAGAACAGCUUGCGAGCGCGCAAGUCGGUUACGCCUGGCGCCGUAAAGCAGGAAGACGGCCUAGAUGCUCCCUCAAGAGACAUCUUCGACUUCUCAACCCGCCUUCAGCCUACUAAAGAAGAGCCCGAAGAGGAAUUUGAAUAUGAACAGGACGAUGGGGAGAUGUAUGAUGAGCAUGACGUUUUCACCGGCGAAGAGUUCACGCCCGAUGAGCAACUCGCCCUUGAGAGUGAGCACUUCGCGCCCAUUGUUCAGGCACGCAAGCCUGCUAAGAAGCAAAGCUCCGCAAGUAUUAUGGCGUCGUGGUUCGUGAUCCUCUCCGUGCUAGGAAGUUUCGGUAUGUGGUGGCGAAAGGAGAAAAUCGAAAUCGGAUAUUGUGGCCUUGGGAAACCGACAUGGUCACUGGCAGAGACUAAGGUUCCAGAAUGGGCUAAUGUUCUCGAGCCACGCUGUGAGCCUUGUCCGCCUCAUGCCUUUUGCUAUCCCGACUUCGAGGCCCGAUGUGAGCACGACUUUAUUCUCAAGCCCCAUCCUCUUUCCUUAGGGGGUUUAAUCCCGCUUCCACCAACAUGUGAGCCCGACAGUGAGAAGGCGCGUCGUGUGAAGGCAGUGGCAGACAAGGCUAUCGAGGAGCUUCGAGAGCGCCGAGCCAAAUACGAGUGUGGCGAGUUGAAUGAUGACGGAAAGCGUAUCACACCUGAGAUCUCAGAGGCGCAGCUCAAGGAGGAAGUUGGGAAGAAAAGGCGCAAAGGCCUCAGCGAGGCCGAAUUUGAAGAUCUUUGGAAGGGUGCCCUGGGCGAUAUCAUCGAGAAAGAUGAAAUUGUAAGCGACUCUGACCGACCUUCCGACGUCCUCCUCCUUAGCUCAACCUCAACAGCCCGACUCCCCCUCCGAUGCGCCGCCCGCCGUUACGUCCGACUGGCUCUCCUCGCGUAUCGACUCCCUCUUUCACUUUUGAUCCUCGUGGCGUGUGGUCUAGCCUACGCGCGCGCUCGAGUCCGCGCACGUCGUUCAGACAUUGCCCGUGUGCCCGAGCUGGUGGCCACGACGCUUGACCGGCUGGCAACGCAAGCGGCGCUACAUGCUCGAGGCGGUGCCGUUGAGCCUUAUAUCCCCAUCGGUCAGCUUCGCGAUGACGUCCUCCGAUCCGAGCUACAUGGCAAAAGGCGCGAGGAGCUAUGGCAACGCGUGCGUCGUGUUGUUGAGGGCAACGCCAAUGUCCGUGCUGCCGUUCGGGAGGGUCGGAGCGGCGACGUGGCCAGGUGCUGGGAAUGGAUUGGGGGUAUUGGCAGCGUUAGCACUCCCGGGGGUGCCGGAAACGCGGUGGGUGACGUUGGCCGUCGCGACAGUGCACGGCACUUGUUGCCUUCGCCUUUGAACGCCGCAGCUGAGACUCAGCCCGCGACUAUUGACGGCAAUGACGAUCCUGCCACUAGUCCAAGACAGGCCCGUCGAUGGGAUGAGGGUCGUCCCAUUUAUUGA